UUAUGCUCUAUGUUUCAUAUUAUUUAUAAUUUUUAAAAAUUAGUAAUAUUAAAAUGUAAAACUAUAUUUUAUGCCACGUGUCAUCUUUCGGGAGAAUUUUUUUUCGCUGAUGUGGACGCUCUAUGGAGCCUCAAAAGGUCCCUUUUAUUAGUAAGGAUUUAGCGACAAAGGUUGCAUACUUUCCACAAAUACGCAGAGAAUCCAGUCACGAUGGAGACAAGAAAACAUUUCUUUUUCUUACUAUUUUCUUUUUCUAAUCACAACGCAUGGUCAGUUGAAUAAGUCCAGUCAUUUGAUAAAAUAACGUACGUAAUUUUCACAAACCCGCUUUUCUACAGAACGAUGAGUCAACGGAUAUACUUGUCCUGUGAAUUAGAAAAUUUUAGACUUGUACUUAACUUGUCAGAAUCAGAAACGAAUAUUUGUUAUUUUGUGUACUUGUCUAAAAAUAUAUUACUUUGCAAGUUACUUACUUUAUUCAAUUACUUGUUACUUACAAGUAUUUAUCAAUUAGCUGGAUAUAUUUCCAACUUUCUAAAAAUGACUUGAUAGAUAAUAUUUUACGAGGAAAGUUUAUUUUAUUUAUUCGAUUUGGUAAAAACACGAGAGUUAUUUUAAAUAAAAUAUUUGAACUUAAUAUAAAAAAAAAAGAUGAAAUUCGAUAAAAAAAAAUAUUGUUUACUUUUUACAACAAAAAAAUAUUUGUUUAGGGAUUUAAUUUUUAUGGUUUAUUUAUUAUUUUUUAAUCGUAAAACAAGUAAUGAAUAAUAUCAAGGCGAGUCGUAACUUUUUAUGUGAUAUUUGUUACUUGCCUUGUACUUGCAAGAAGCAAAACUCAACGACUUGAUACUUGAUUUGACAACGACGAAUAUUUGAAAAAACGAAGUGAGUACGGGUCAAGUAGCGGGUAUAAGACAAGUAAUGAGUAUUCGUAUCUAACCCUACUGUGAAUCGGACAGAAAACUAGAUCGAGUCAAAACACAAAAAAAAACUAGACAGCAAAACAAAUGAACAAAAGAACCUUUUGAACUGAACUUACUAAAGCCCAUUUGGUGUUAUUAUAUCACAAUCUUAAUAGUCUAAAGAACAUUGACGACGUGGACCAAUACUAAAAUCAUGAAAAUCCCAAACUUUUUUGAUCUUUAGACCAUGGACAAUGGUUUUGUAAAUUCAACACCUUCAAUUCUCAUUUUAACUAUCCAUGUCAUCUUCCCUUUCUUCCACUUCAUUAUUCAACACUCAAUUCAUUUUUAACCCUUACAAUAUUUUUGUUUAAUAAAAUUCAACUACAUACCCUACAAUUUUAUUUUAUAUACUUGUAUAUCUACAUUUAACUUUUAUAAAAAAUAUCUAAAUAUUAACAGAAAUAUUUAAAAAAAAAAUCAAAUUAAAAGAAUUAACUUUUAAAAUGUUUUUUUUCUUGUUUUAUAUUUUUGCAUGUAAUAAAAAUUAAAACUAGUUUACUAAAAAGUAGUAGAAUUAUGUAUUAUAUAUAUUUUUAACCAAAUUAAUCAAAACAAGUUUCUAGUUGUAGAAUAAGAAAAAUAAUUUUUAUAUAAAAUAAAAUAAAUUAAAUCAAUCUAUUUGUAUAAAUACUAAUCACAAACAAUUAGGAGGAUAAAAAUAUCAAAUAUAUCAUUCUCUCUCUUCUUUCUCAUUGACUAAUUUGGAAUAUGUCACUUGUGGGUCUCAUGUUUUGUGUUUUAACAUGUUGAAAAGUUUCAACUCAGUUGAAUCCACAUAAACAUUUUAACUUUUUCAACAUGUUCAUUGUGGGAAUUCAACUGUUGAAUUAAAAAUUCAACAGCCCCAUUGCACAUGGUCUUAGAUCACCUCCAACGUGGAUCUGUAAAUAUCAGAGCUAAAAAAAACCGAGAAAAAACAAUAGAUGAAUUGUGUCAGAACCAAUUCUAAUAAAAAAAAACUUUUGAUAACUUGCGAGAUAUUGUUUUUGACAAAUGUUAAUUUAUAACUGGUUCAUACUAAAAAGUAAAACAACUACAUAAUAAAUUUAAUAUAAAAUAUUAUUAUUAGUUGUUAGAGAUAUUGCUUUCGUAUGUACCGAUAAAUUGAUAAUGUUGUUCUUAUGUUUAUUAUGGUUGUGAUUGUUUGUUAGAUAUAGCAAUAUAUUUUAAAGGUAAACAUAUUUACUCUAAUUUCUGGCAUUAUUUCACCAGUCAAAUAAAAAUAUAUAUACUUUACUUUUUCGUUGACAAUAGUCGAGAAGGAAAAAAUUAGUUGUGCUUUUUCUUUUUCGUUGUGUAAAUAAAAUAUUGCGCUAAAGUUCACUUUUUCCUUUUCUAUUUUCUCUAUUUUUUUUUAUCUUCCUGAGUUACUCUACUAAUAACCAAUCAAACCAUAUAAAGUUGGACUUGUAACUUUAAUUAGCUCUGAUCAUCAUGUGAUAUCUAUCUAUAUAUCUGAACCCGCCUUACUAUUAGUGAGACAUUCAGACAAAAAAAUCGUAAACUUUGAUAUUGUUUGUGCUUUUAAACAAACAAUGAAAUUCGUAGUAAGCAACCAAUGAAACCCUUCUAACUCAAACAAGUAAACGAAUCAACAUCUCAAACAAGCAAAUGAAUCAACAUCUUAAAUCGCAAACAAUGAAACCAUCUAACUCAUACAAGUAAAUGAAUAAGCAUCUCAAAAUAACAAACCAAUCAAAAUGCAAACAAGUAAAACAAAUCAACAUAUCAAAUCGCAAACAAGUAAUACGAAUCAACAUAUCAAAUUGCAAACAAGAAUAUGAACAAGCAAACAAGUAAAACAUGUAGCAAACAAUGAAACUCGAAGAAAACAAAUAAGAAAAUGAAUAAGCAAACAAGUAUGUGAACAAACAAACAAUGAAACCCAUAGCAAUCAAACAAGAAUACGAACAAGCAAACAAGUAUAUGAACAAACAAACAAUGAAACCCAUAGCAAUCAAACAAGAAUACGAACAAGCAAACAAGUAAACAAGGAAAACCUGUAGCAGUGAAACAUUUAUGAAACAUGUAGCAAGCAAACAAUGAAAUCCAUCUAACUCAAUGUAAACAAAUCAAAACAAGCAAAACAAAUCAACAUCUCUAAUCUCAAACAAGUAAACCCAUCUAAACAAGUAAAACAAAUCAACAUAUCAAAUCGCAAACAAGUAAAACCUAUCAGAUCACAAACAAGUAAAACCCUUCGGAUCCUCUGCAUGUCUCUCAAAAUCAAUGAUAUAUGAGAAAACAAGUAAAACCAAUCGAUGUUGAGAGAAGAGGAAGAUAAAUCGAAAAGUUUUGGAGAGAUCGACGAGUCGACAAAGACAGUCGAGAGAUCAACAUAUGAAGAUACGAACGAUGAAGGAAAUCACCAAAUGAGUAGUUAAAGGAGAGAUUUUGGAAGAAAAUUAGAGAAAACUACGAAACAAAAUUUUCUCCUCAAAUGACAAAACCCUAACUUUUUGUGUAUUGGGCUGACUACAUCUACAAUAAACUAAAUCCAUUAACGUGCAUAGAUCAAUUGGUUUAUAAUUCUUGACCAAUUAAAGCCCAUAUAAAAACAUAGAUGUAAUCAGAAUAAAUCCAUUUAUAUUUGGAUAUGGACAACCAAUGAUCAGCCCAAAUAUUUUACACAAAACUAUAUGUACCAAAAUAGAAGUUUUAGACUAAAUAAAUAACCAAAAAAUAAAGGUAAAAAAGAACGGCGCCAAAACUUGAUACACUAAAAUUGGAUCUUUGCCUACUGCCAAGUUAACAGUGUAGUUGUAAUAUCUUUAGAUUCAAUUCCAGAGGACCAGUUCACACUUUAUCUUUAUGGGAUCAGAAUUAAGCUAAAACAAAACUGGGGUUUCUAAAAUAGUAAGGUAACGUAAAUAACAAGUUAACAAGGUGAGGUUGUUUUCGAAUUGAUUAAAGGCGCUAGUCUAAAGUUUCUUCUUCAGGUAAGGAAAUCGCAAACCAAACAAUUAUUCAAGUCCAGUUUAAACGAGUCUAAACUCGGAUCACUCAGGUUGAAACAACCCACUGUCGUGGUGUUGUUUCCUUUGUAGAUCGGUCUUGACACCUAAACUCUCGUUUGGAUCAAGACGCGAUAGCAAGCUUUAGAGAUCAAGUCCGAUAUGUUUCCAAUACACCAUAAUAUCUACUCUCGCUGACUAGGGAGUCAAAGCUCAUUCAAAUCAUAUCAAGUUAUCAACCAACGGUUAGCUAAAUUGAUUAACCUAACUCAUGCACUAAGUGAUCAGUUCAAUGCGAGCAAUAAGAACAGAUAUGAAUGUAGACAAUCUUAAGAUGACUUAUUUAUACUUCAGCUCGCGAAUCCAAACCCUAGAACCCUAAACUAACUCGGUGACUACUCAGACAUAACACAAGAACAGAGAAGCAUGAUUUCUGAAUUACUGCAUAUAAUAGAUAAUAGAAAUCAGAUGGUUCAGGAUAAUCUUCUCUAGGAAAUAGAUUAGACAUUCUCCCUUACAAGUAGCAAUUGCUAAAAUCACAAAGCUCUCUCAGAUCUUUCUUGCGUAAAAACUAAGGUAGGUCAUAAAUUAAAUAAAAGAAGACUAUAUAUAGGGGCCACAGACGGCUAGAGGGAAAAAUAUGAAAACUAGGGCAAAUCCCGAAAUAUUUAGAAACUUCCUUUUAAAUCUCUGUCGCUGGAGCAGGCACUCAGGCUGCUCCGCUCGACUGUUCUGCGCGAAAGACUCCAAAUCACACUCUUUUUCUCCGGUUUUCCUCCAGCUGGUCCAUCUCCCAUCCAAUGCAACUCCAGACAUGUAAUGACUCAAAGGAACUAAAAAGACUCAAUAAAACCUUGAAAACUAUUAGUAAGACAUACAUAUAAUGUGCCAAAAACACAAUAUAUCAUAUUGCGCAAAUCACAAUACAGAGGGUAGGAAGAUGGUGUUUUACGGAUAAAUCCGUGAAAGACAAGGAUUUAUUCUUUGGUCAAUGCUGGUAUAUAACAUUAGAAGGCUUUGAAGGUUUGAUGUGGCAAGAAAUACCAGAGCCAGUCUCUCACCCUUGCAUGUGGAAUUAGAAGCCUUCACAUGGGUGAUGGAAUGUAUGACAACUCUCAGACAAAACUCUCAGAUAAUUUUAAGUUACUUUUGCAACAUAUUGGUCUCAAUUGGUAAAAAUGAUUUCAGAACUAGAAGAAUCGCCCGUUUUUGUGACGUAUUUGGAUGACAUACAAAGACUGAAGGAAGGUUUCAACACGUUUGAAAUCAUACACAUCCCCCGGACUCACAACACAGAGAUGGAUAGUUUUGCACACGGUUCUCGGAAUCAACCGUCCUAUCUUGUUCACAUAAACAUAGAGUCCCCAGUUUGGUUAACAUGAUCUUAACCAAGUAUGUUUAAGUUGAUGGCAAACAAAAACUACACAAGAUAUACUUUUUCUAUAUAUAUAAUCUGGAGUAUUCGGCAGAUCGAGAUCCAAUCGAAUAAUUUUCUGAAAGUUUGUCUACGAAUGAUAGGAAGACCCGAUUGAUCGAAAUUGACCCAGAAAUUUCCUUUGAAGAAUUUUAACCAGUGUGUUACAGCGGAUCUUGUGAUGAAAGCAAAUGUUACAUAAAACUUCAAGGAAAAAUUCUACCUUUACAUUUUUAUUUCAUUUUAUUUUUCAAAUUUACUAUUAAAUGAUAAUCAUUUUUAUAGGUACAUUAAGUUUAGUAUAUAAAAAGACAAGUAUAUCACCACUAUUAACUAAACUAUUUUAUAAACUCUUAUUCAAAUACCAUGCAUUGCUUUUUUGACAUCAAAAAAUUAUUAUACUUCUCAAAAUUGAGUUGGUUAUUUGAUCUGGUCUUUGUAACCUGACCAUGCAUUACUAUUGUGGUAAAUGUAUUACAUUAUAUUGAUAAUUAUUAUAUAUAAAUGUAUAAACUGAAUCAUAAAUCAAUAAAAUGUAUACUGAAUCAUAAAUCAAUAAAAUGUGUAAAUCUCUUCGAUUCGGUGAUUAGAACAAAAAAUUAAUUAAUAUUUUAAGAAUAUUAUUUAUGUAUAUUAGUAAAGAUAAAAUUAUAGGAAUUUUCAGUAAUGCUUGCUGUUUAUUGUGAUUAUGCAUGUCAAAGAUACAUAUAUUCACCCAAAAAGAGUACAUAUAUUGGUGAUGAUGAUUGGUUUAAAUGUGGCUGUAAGAAUUUAGCAGUAAAAGUUUAGCUCUAGUUGUAAUGCUUACCGUUUAUUGUGAUUCUACAUGUCAAAGAUACAUAUAUUCACCCAAAAAAAGAGUACCUAUAUUGGUAAUGAUUGGUUCGACUGUAGCUGUAAAAUUGUAAUGUAAACUUUUUUGAAGAGAUUUUUAUUGUAGUUAAAUUUAUUGUAGUUGUAAGCUAUAGACUGUAGAUAUUUUAAAAUAAAAGAUGUGAAAUAUGUGAUGUAUAUAUAAAAUGAUUAUUUUUUUAUCAAUUAAAAUAAUUUAUAUUAUUUUUGCUAUAAGUUUAACCUUAUUUAAAAUGUGAUACGUAAAUAUUAUUUAUGUUAUUUAAAAUAUUUUAAUAAUUUUAAAAACACCCAAACUUAAAUUAAAAUAUUUAUAGAUGUUUUUAUCAUGAUUAUCUAAUUUAUUUGAUAUUUGGAAAGUCUUUUCAUUUUACAGAUUCUACAGCCUAUAAAAGAAAGAUAUAUGUUUUUUACCUAAAAUACAUAAGAAAAAAAAUUGUUCUUGUUGUAGCUUUAAAAAUAAAGUUAAACCAUGAUUGGUAAAAAUUAAUAGAAACUUGAUGUAAGCUUUAUUUUAAAAAUAAAACUACAACAUGAUUGAUAAAAUGUAGUGAUUUAAAAAUAAAUAAAACUAAAUUAGAGAGAUAAAUCUCAGCCAGUAACCCCCAUUAUAUAUGUUGUAAAGCAAACAGAAUAUUCCUUACAAUUUCUUUUUAAUUAUUUCAUUAUUUAAUAAAAUAAUAAUAAUAAUUUAGAACAAUAGAAUAUGUAAUCGGUCGUAUAUAUGUUAGGUUCAACAUGCACUAAUAUAGAUGAGUGACUCAAAUGGGUUAUUUAACUCAUAAACUUACCCAAAGUCAGUAAGUCACGACAAUAUUUUCUAUCAUUUAAUGGUAAUAUAUGGAAAACAUAGAAAGCCAAAACAACCAAAAUUGCAUUUUGAAAAUAGUUCGAUCCAAUAAUACAAAGACUUGAGUUUAUCCUUAUCUAAAAUAGUAGCUAGUACGUCUACACAGACAUGGUCGAGUAAUACGACGGUUUAGAGAGAUGCUAAACACGGAGUGUUUAACAUCUACCAUCCUGAUAAGUUAUGUAUGUGUAGGAAUAUGAAAUAUUUUACAUAAUUUGUCUCUCGGUUUCUAGGACUAGUCGGAUCUUUGAAUCUAGACGAUUCGGAUUACCAAAAAGUUGGUAGGUGCGGCCUUGUAUACUAAUUCUCCACGUUUUGUUUUUUUCUGGAUGACGAACACGAAUGGAGGUAGGUUUCCAUCACAAAGAUAGCGUUCAUUUGAAAUUUGUUUUGGUUAGCUGUCUUACUAUAAAAAAAAAUUAGAAAAAAGCUGUCGUUUACACGUGAAACUUCAUGAUACCGUCUUUUCAAUCUUCACCAGCCAACACUGUCUUUUACCCAUCCCUCUCAAUGCUCUGUAUUUUGUCUAGUUAUGAAAACCUUAAUUGUUGUUCUUUUUUCCUAAUCAUUUGUUCUUUAUUAAGUAAUUAUGAUUAAUCAAUUGUAUGAAACAUAUUUUAAUGUGCAUGAUUUUUUUUGAUAAAAUGAUAAUUAUAUCAAAUUUCAAUUUUUAACAACGUUUACAAAAAAAAAUGAGUAGCGGAAGCUGAAGAAAUUGUAGCAAUUAAGUUUAAGUCCACCUCUCUUUCAGUAGCUCGUGGUAACCAUUUCCUUUUCUCCGACCAUUUUAGUUCGCUUUAAAUUUUUGCCCGCUCCACUGCUGGCAACUAGAUUAGUUUUACGGCCUCGGUUUCUUGUCAAUGUCACUUUCGCUGUAUUGUUUAGUUUAGUUUAGUUUUUAAUAUGCAUGCUAGUAUUAAAUAUUUAUAAUAUGUGUUGAUAAUUCAUAUCUUAUAAAUUUUCACUGAAAUUUUUAAAACGAAUAAAAGCUUGAUUAUUCCUAAUGUUAAUUCUACCAAUAGUAGUCAAAGCAUGUAAAGAUUAGAUUAAAUAGAUAAAUUUAAUACACUAGAAAUAUUCGGAAAUGCAAAAAUUUCCUACAUACAAAAAUUUCCUUUUAAAGAGCAUAUAUUCUAAAAAUGUUGUAGCCGUGUUGUUAAGUCCGUGGUCUAAUAGUAAGGGCAGACUCUUUCCUGCAUCUAUAUAUUGCGAAUUCGAAUUAUUUCAUGAUUGUUUCUGAACAAUGUUGUAGCGUGGACCACACGCCUCCAAAAGAUUAGUUUAGAUCUGUUUAGGACUGAAAUUUGUUCUUGAGUUAUAAAAAAAAUUGUGUUGUUAAUGUUAAUAAAAUAAAUAAUAUAAGAGUUAUGAUUGUUUCGAAUAAUACAAAUUUCAAAGGGAUAAUAUAGAAAGUGUAAAACAAGAAAAAGAAAUGGGAGUGAAUGGAUUAUAGUGCUAAUGAUUUUGAAGUUUUAUUUGAAGAAUCAAGAUAAUAUUUCAAUAUUGAAAUAAGCUAAAUGUGUAUGUCUAAAAGUUGAUGUCUCCGCCAUCUAUCUUUCAUUCCUUUUAUAGCUCAAAAAAUAUAUUUUUAUAAUUCAAAAUUAUAUUUAAUAUUUCCAUUUUUUCAAUAUAAUAUUUAUCUAUACUGUUAAAAUAGAAAUACUAAUUGAACAUAACCUUAGUCUUCUGUGUAUCAUUGUUAAAUUUAGACCCUUAUACUAACUAUACAAUUUAAAUGUCUCUUAACAACUAGAUUAUUCAAUUAAUUAUUUAAAUAUUUCUAAAAAAAAGAAAUAAAAAGACUUCAUACAAAAUUUAUUACAAACUAAUAAAAUCUUAUUAUAUCAUUCAUGAAUAUACAGUUUUUUUAAAGUCUCAAAAUUUAUAAAUAUUUAAAUAAUUUCGUAAUUAUUGCUAAAUUAUUAUUAUAAAUUAAUAUUAAAUUAAUUUCGACUUAUAUAUACAAUAGAAAAUUUAUAAAAUUAUGUAUAUAUAUUUAUAGAAUCAUUAAAUAUUAAAGUCAAUAAUUAAUAUAUUUAAAUAAAUAUGCAUAAAAUAACAAAAACUCCAAUAUUUAAAAUCCUAUAAUUUAUAAAAUAUAAAAAAUAAAUGUUAAAUUACUGGUUGUUGACUAUAAUUAUGAUUUUUAAUACAAUUUUGAUAAAUAAAUAUAUACUUACAUGACAAAAAUUAAACUAUUAAAUUAAUUGAAACAUGUUACACUUGAUAUUUAACUGUUAUAGUUUUUAUCAUCCACGGGCGGAUAGCUUAGCACCCAGUGCUAAGAAACAAACGUCAUUCGUCGUUUACAUGGAUGCGGAGUUACCAAUUUGGUUUACAGAGUCAACAUGAGUCUGUAAAUGCUUGCUGUAAAAAAAAAAGUUUCUAUCAUCCAUGCAAUUUAUUAAUCAAAUAUGAGACAGUUUUAACAAACACAUUAAAUAAUUUAUAGUAAAAAAUAUUUUAAAAAAAUUUAACUAAUGCAAGACAUGUUAAAAGAUGUGUUAUUCUGUUUCAAUUUUGAUUUGUACAAAUAAACUAAAGAAAAUACGAGACACACCAAAAAACGAAUUAUCCGAUUUUAAUGUUGUAUAGUUAUCUUUAUAUAAAAUUUUAAUUUGACUAUAUAAUAUUAUAAUAAAAAUAAAAUUUUAUAUGAAUGUAUGUUAUUCCGUAAUACAAAAAAAUAUUAUAAAUUAACGAAAUGCAUAUUAAACUUACAAUGAUUAAUUUGCUAAAAGUAUUUUUUUUUAAAUUAUGAUUUUACACUAUAGUAUAUAUAGUACAUGAUAGUUAACAGAAAAACUAUAUAUUUUUGUAAUUGUAAAAGUAUUACUCCUCAAAAUAUAAAAUAUGAAUACACUAAUAUUCAAAAUUAAGGUUUUCGCUUUAUUUCACAAAGUUAAUAUUGAUAUCCAAAUUUUAUUUAUAUAGUUUAAAAUAUUUAAAUUAGGAAAAGCUAUAUAUAUAAUGAUUUAAAAAAUAAUAAUAAAUUAAAACUAAAGUGUAACGCUCCAACUUCCCACGGCUAAUGCACCAUCCAUAUUCUAUGCGACGACGGUGCUUUAAUUUUUUGGAGGCUCGUUAGUCUUGUUUACUUACUCUACAAUCACUACAUGACAUUUCUCCCUAAUUUGACCACACUCUCACGAUAUCGCGAAUAACUUUCCGAUAAAUCAUUCAUAUUUCUACUAUUCCAGAUUAAACACUUUUAACUCUGAAGUUUUAACAAGAUGUAUACCAAAACAUAAGUUUUAUUAACAUAUGUAGUCAAAUCAAUUUUCUUAAGUUUUUCAGGUGUAUAACAGAAAUCAAAAUGUCACAUUGAGUUUAUAAAAAAAUUCUAAACCUAACUUUAAAACUAAAUAAAAUAACACAAAUUUAAACAAAAUUAUAAAAAAAGUUAAAAUGCAUAAAUUAUAGCUGCAGUUAUAAUUUUUAUUAAAUCAACAUUUUAAAUAAAAAUAAUUCUAAAUUUUGGAAGUUCGGAUCAAAAUUUAAUUUGUUUUAAAUUGUACAUUUGAUCAUUUAUGUACAAAAAUGAUUUAAUACUCUUUUAAUCAAAAUUUAGUCUUUCGGAAUUGAAAUUAAUUAUAAUUAUGGUGUUUUUACCGUAUAAUUUAUUUCAUGUAAAUAUGUGUUUGGAUGUGAAGUUUUUCUUGUGGUUUUCUACUUCCCUGACGCUCCUUUUUUGGGUCUAUAAAUUUUAUUUUGUUAGACAUAAAAUUUUCAAGUAUAAUCUCACAGACUCACACCAAAAAAUAUGUAUAAAUCUAAUAUAAUUAAACAUGUCGACAAAAAAUAUAAUAAAACAUGUAUUUUAUGCAAUUACUUAACCCUCUUCCCCUCUGUAGUAAUUACUUUCAAACUAAUUUCAUAAUUAUUUUUUUCAAUGGUGACGCUUAGAACUAAUUUUAAACAAGAUAAAUAUAUUAUUUAUUUAUAAUUAAUGAGUUUUUGUUUAAUGAGAAUUUACAUCUGACUUACCUUAUCCAAAAAUUUGUAGUAAGUAUUUUUUAUUAAUUUAUAUAUUUCACAUUUUUCAGAAGUCUAAAUUCAAAAUUUUUAGUAUAAAAUAUUACUAAAUUUUUUAGUCAAAUUACUACUGCAUUAAAGUUUUCGCCAUUCUCUUAAAUAAGUUAUGACGUUGUGAGAUAUAAAUAAAUUGCUGUAUUUCACAGCAUUAUACGUUACUGAUCCGUUGACACGUAUUUCUUAGUUGUGACAUGUGUAAGCGUCUACACAAACAAAACCAAACCUAAUGGGCCCAUCUUUUUGUCCGCUUAUGUCCUUUUCCACACAAAAAAUAAUUUCAUAUGCUCUCUUUUCAUUUUCGAAUAUAAUUUUUUUUAUUGAAUUCCGAAAAACUAAAAUACCACAAAACCAAAAUAUAAUUUAAAGAAUUACAAUUCAGGCGGACCACCUAAUCCACUUAGAUAUUCAUCGGGUCAAUCUUCCUAAAUCGAUUUCUUUUAAACAAUGGUGGAAGCUACAUCAAUCUUCAAUUUAACCGAUAUCAUUUCAUUCUUUCAUCACCAAAAGGAUAAUCUUCCACCUAGAGACUAGUCUAUAAUCUUCCACCUAGAGACUAGUCGAAUCCAAUAAUAUAACACGAAUUACCCAUAAAAAAGGGGAAAAAAUGCACCCAAAAUGUAUAACUUAGUUAGACUUGGUAUAACUACAAAACUUUGGACAGUUCAUUAAAACUUCAACUAAUUUGGAUUGUACAGGACUUCUAUUGUAUAUGACGAGGACAUGAUGGAUCGUAUAUUAAUUCUUGAUGUCUUUUGUUAAACUUUGAUUUUGUGAUUGCUAACAAAGUAAAACUUUGGAAAUUUGUAGUUCCUUAAUAUAAACAAUCAAAAUAGUUAAAAUUGGCAAUAUUACUUAAUCAUUGUUUUAACAAAAAACAUACAAAAACAAAAAACCUAACAAACAAACAAACAAGAGACUUAUGCAACUUUAUACAAGAAGAAAAAAAAUGAUAUCACUUAUUAAAACUUAUUGCAAUGGAACUCAGCUUCGUCACAAUUCAUCAAAUGAGCUUGUUUUCACAAAGAAUGGCUUCUCCAUGCUUCAAUGAGAUUGAAAGGAUUGUAGUAAUGGGAAAACCAUGAAAAUGGUUUUUAUACUUGACAACAGAAUGACAUGAGUUUGGGAUGUUUUGAAAAUGGGAGGUAAAACUGGGCUGGAAUUUAAAAAAGAAAAAGAAAAAAAUUCGAAGUUUUAGUUUCUUAUUUUUCUUAGUUUUAUUGUAAACUUAUAUUCAGUUUCUUAUAAUCAAUUCUCAUCUAACCAUCUAAUAAAAUACUUAAUUUUAUGAAAUAUAUAAGUUUUGUAAUACAACAAUUUCAUUUCAUUUUAUUGUUCUUCUACAAGUUUUACUAAUCAAGUUAUAAAAGUUUUAUGGUUUUACGGUUCAGCUAAUACUAAGUUAUACCAACUGUACCAAUAUAGUUGUGCCAAGUUAUACAAAAUUAUACUAUUAGUAUUGGGUACAAAUUGAAUAAAUCGGGAAACAUGUAGUGUUGGGCACACAUGUAGUGUUAUUUAUAUUUAGUUUCGUAUAAUCAUUUUUCAUCUAACCAUCUAAUAAAAUGCUUAAUUUGAUGAAAUAUAUAAGUUUUGUAAUAUCAUAAUUUCAUUUCAUUUGCUUCUACAUUUUUAUUAAUCUAGUUAUCCAAGUUGUACGGCUCAACUAAUACUUAGUUAUACCAGUUAUACCAAGUUAUACAAAGAUAUGCCAAGUUAUAUCAAUUGAAGAACAUGUAAUGCUUAAUGUAAUGUUGCGUAAUGUAGUUAUAGUGUGUGGGUAUGAAUGUAUACUUAUAAUUCGUCAAAAUUGCUUAAUGUAGUGCUGGUGAAUCAAAUGUAAAACAAGCCAGAAACAAUGGUGCUCGGGAAAAGAGAGACAGAACAUACCGAAUAGGAGAGGAGAGGAAAGAAGAGGGACGAGUGAAAGAAAUAAGACGAAAUCACAUGAUUGGUUAGAUGAAAUAAUGGCAUAGUUGACUUUAAUCUCAUUUCUUUUUAGUAUAGAUUAAAUGAAGAGUACGAUAGAUUCAUUAAGAGCAUGUGAAAUUAAUUUUUUGUUUUUAAGAGCCUGCGAGACUUUUGUCUGGUGUAUAACUGCAAUAUAAAUACCCCUCCCCUUGUUUGACAAAGAUUUAAAACUUAAAAGACCCCCUUACUUAAAGUGAAUUAUAGAUAAAAACCAAAAAAUAUGAGUUCAAUCGUAGAGCUCAGUAGUCUGGAGGAGUUAACGUUAAAUGCAGAGCAGAUACAAGAUGAUUUAUUGGAGAAGAUACUUAGACUUAACAGCAACACAGAAUACCUCAGACGGUUUCUCCAUGGAAGCAAUGAUAAAGAACUAUUCAAGAAAAACGUACCGUUGGCGAACUAUGAAGAUGUUAAGCCUUACAUUGAACGUGUUGCGAAUGGAGAGCCUUCAGAUUUAAUUUCAGGUGGACCCGUUACUAGAUUCUUCCGAAGCUCUGGAACUUCAGGAGGGAAACAAAAGAUAUUUCCUGUGAACGAUGAGGCCAUUGAGCAGCUGGGAUACGUAUUGGCUCUACGCUCUCUUGUUAUGUCCAAGCAUUUCAGUGACAACGGUGUCGAGCAAGGAAAGACAAUGGAGUUUCAUUACACUAAACCCGAAUCCACAACCCCCUCUGGCUUACCCGUUGCUGCAGCAUUUACAAGUUUUUUCAAGAGCGAUUAUUUCAAAAACCGACCAUCAAAGUCUCAGUACACAAGCCCCGACCAAGUCAUAUUGUGUCCGGACAACAAGCAAAGUCUGUACUGUCAUCUUCUAUGCGGUCUUUCCCAAAGAGACGAGGUUGUGAGAUUUGGUGCAACUUUUGCUCAUGCAUUGGUCCGAGCCAUUGAUUUUCUUGAAAGCAACUGGAAGGAGUUAUGUGGUAAUAUUCGUUUAGGUCAUGUUAGCGAGUGGAUCACCGACCUGGGUUGCAGAAGCUCUGUUUCAGCUAUUAUUGGAGGACCUAAUCCCGAGUUGGCUGAUCUCAUUGAACAAGAAUGCAGCCACAAGUCAUGGGAAGGUAUAGUCACACGACUUUGGCCUAAAGCCAAACGUAUUGAGUGCGUUCUUACAGGACAAAUGGCUCAAUACAUUCCAAUAUUAGACUUUUAUUGCAACAAACUUCCUCUAGUUUCCACAGUAUAUGGGUCUUCUGAAAGUAUAUUUGGGUUUAAUGUGGAUCCUCUAUGCAAACCACAAGAUGUGUCCUACACGUUUGUGCCCAACACCUCUUACUUCGAGUUUCUACCUGUUGACCAUGAGGGAGACAUGACCAGCAUUGUCGAUCUUGUGAACGUCAAGUUAGGAUGCUACUAUGAACCUGUGGUCACUACUUGUUUCGGUCUAAACAGAUAUCUUAUUGGUGAUAUUCUAGAGGUGACUGGAUUUUACAAUAACACACCUCAGUUUAGAUUCGUACGUCGAAAGAAUAUGGUUUUAAGUGUAGAAACGGAGACCACAACUGAAGAUGACAUUUUAAAGGCUUUGGCUCGUGCGACCUUUGUUCUCGAGUCUUCAAAUUUAAUGUUAAUGGACUUCACAAGCUCUGCUGAUAUCUCUACUUUUCCUGGUCACUAUGUUUUUUACUGGGAACUCAAAGGUAAAGAGGUUAAUGACGUUCUUGUUCUUGAUGAAAAAACAUUAAUGGGUUGUUGUUAUGUACUAGAGGAAUCAUUUGGUUCCACUUAUAGACUUAAGAGAAGAACUGGAUUAAUUGGGGCUUUAGAGAUAAGAGUGGUGGAACAAGGAACAUUCAAUUCUCUCACGGACUAUUUCAUCUCCCGAGGUAGUUCCAGAGCUCAAUAUAAGACACCCUUAUGCAUCAACUCUUCAGAAGCCUCGGCAGUUCUUGAAAAUAAGGUUCUUGCUCGAUUCCACAGUGAAAAGUCUCCUCCUCUUGACUUAUAGUUCUUUGAAUUCGAUAUGCAUUCCUGAUCUCAAAUGGUUAUUUUUAUGAAAUAAAUAAUUUGUAGGUCGUAUGAAAGAUCUUGUAAUACUCUGUAUUCAGAAUUGUUGAUUUACAUGAAUCUCAUGCUUUCGUUCAUACUAGGUUAAAAUCUGCGCAUUAGGUUAAGAUCCGCUUCUUGCGCAGAAAUGAACAUUCGGUAUACAAAUUUUUUAUGUGCACUAUAUUUUGCAUAUCUUACAUAAUAUAAAAUAUUAUAUAUAUUGAAUAAUUGAGAAGCAAGUAACUAUUACAUAUAUAAUUAAAUUGAUAUAAACAUAUAAAUCAAAAUAAUCACUCUUUUUAUUUUUAAUCUUUUUGCAAUAAAUAAAUCAAAACAAUCAUAUUUACCUAUUUUCUAUAGUAUAUAGUUAAAUUUAAAUGAUAUUAACAUAUAUAUAUAGUGUACUUUUAAUAUGGUUAUCUAUAUCUAUUACAUAAGACUUCAUACUCAUAUGAUUUUACGAUUAUUUAUAUUUUUAUGACAAAAAUUUAAAUAGCUGAAAAUAAUAUAUUUCAAAAUUGAAGAUUUGACAUUUAAUUAUUUAAAGAAUAUUUUAUGUUUAAAUAUUCUAAAGAUCUUGUCAAGAUGUUGUAAGCAAUUUAAUUUGUUAAUGUUUAAAUAUAUUUCAAUAGCACAUUUGUGAAUACUUGCAAAACAGUAAGAGGACCUCAAAAAAACCUUGUGUUUUAAUAGUAUAGACUUUACAUUGACUUAUAGCUUCAAUUUUUAUAGGAAAAAAUGAUUGCUGACUACAUGAAGUAUGGACCAUCACAUGGCUAACCAUGCAAACUAAACAAAUGUGUACUUAGCUACACGAACUAUAUAUUUUGCAUGACAACAUCCCUCAACUUUAUGAUGUUAUGUAGUUAACAUCACAAGUUUAAUUCCAUUCAUCCAAAAAAGAUGUGUAUAUCAGAGACUGUUUAAAUCUCUCGUUUUAUCAAUUAAAAUGUGACGUAUCUAAGGGUAAUUUACCUAAAUUAGAUUUUGGCCCAUGUUUUAAAGCGUAAGAAUCUAAUUUACAAAAUCUAAUUUGCAAAAUUUAACUUUUAAUAAAAAUCUAACUUUUAAUUAAAAUUAUGUAAUUUGUUUGAUUAAUUGUGUGAUAUAUACUUAUUUGAUAAAAACAAAUAUUAUAAAACUUCAUUGAUGUCACUUUAUUGACUCUUAACAUUUUAUUUGCUUAAUACAAAAUUAUUAAGUUAAUGAAUUAUUUUUUAUAUUUUUUCAUAAACAAAAAUUACAUUCAUUUAAACUUAGUAAAACUUUCACAUUAGAUUCUUAUUCUUUGAUUAUUUUUAUUCUUAAAAGUAUGUAAUUUAUAAUUAUAUACGCAAGAUUAUGUUUGGUUUAAGUUAGCGUCAUAUAAUUUUUAAGCAAAUAAAAUACUAGAGUCAGUAAAUUGACAGCAAAUAAGUUUUAUAAUUAAAAAAAUUAUCAAAGAAGUAUAUAUAUACAAUUAAUCAAACGAACUAUUUUUUUUUAUUAAAAGUUCAUAACAAAACAGAUUAAAAUAAUUAAAAAUAAACAAAAAAUAUUAAUAAAAAUAAAAAUAAUACAAUUAUAUAGUUUUAAAAUACACUAAAAUUUAAAUGUUAAAACACUAAAAUAAAAAU